AUGAGGUUAAUUAACUUCGCGUUGAGAUUGAUUUUCGCAGCACUUUCGAUUCAGCUCAUCUCAGUGAGUCCAUCGCAUUUCAUGGAUGCGUUAGCGGGAUAUAGUUCGAGCUCUGACGACACCAGUGUGCCAUUGCUACCUGAAGUAAACCAGAGACUCGAAUUGGCGCCGAAAACUAAGCUGCAUCAAAAUUUUGAACAACCUCAAUUUCACCAGGGUGGUACCUUUGCAAACAGGGUGGAGAGAGAAUACUACGAUAAUGCUACUUUGACGAGCCAAAAAUCAUACAAGAGGUCGGGAGAGCAGAAGCGAGCCGCCAAGCGACUCAAAAAGGAAAGAAAGAAAAAAACAUCCAAAGACGACUCGGAGUUUCUCGGGCCUUGGGCCGGGUAUGAAAGUGACAAUGAAGCACAACAGUACGAAAGUUUUGGAGAAGAAGAUGAAGAAAAGAUAACAGAAGGAAAAGAAGAUUUGGAGCUGGACUCAGAUAUGCCAACUACUCAGCAUUUUGUGGACUUGUAUUUAACUCCACCAGAAGACGUUGAAAUUGAUUUUUCCAAAAAACCAGGUAGCCAAGUGUUUCAGGUUCCUACACGGGUAGCCACCAAGCUCGAUGGACAUUCGAAGGGAGUCACAAAAUUGAGAUUAUUUCCCAAUUCUGGGCACCUUCUCUUGUCGUGUGGUAACGAUUCGGAGAUCAAAUUGUGGGACAUGUACCAUGAAAAUAAUCUUCUAAGAGCAUACUACGGACACUCACAGGCGGUCAAAGACAUUUGUUUUACGAGCUCAGGCCAAAAAUUUAUAAGUUGUGGUUUUGACAAAAGAGUAAUUGUGUGGAAUACGAAAAGUGGUGCGAUUGAAAAAUCCAUGGUUCUCGAAGCCAUACCCAAUUGUCUACUACUCAACCCUAAUAACGAGCACGAGUUGUUGGUGGCACUCUCCAAUAGCAAAAUCCACCAUUUUGACUUGAGCUCAGAAAGCUAUAAAGACCCUAUCCAAACUUAUGAUCACCACCAAAGUUCCGUGAAUUUUCUCAUGACAGUCGACUCCAACAAACGGUUUUUGUCCACCUCUGACGACAAAUCUGUUCGAAUAUGGGACUGGCAAAUCAAUAUUCCCAUCAAGAUCAUCUCGGAGCCGGAUCUGCACUCCAUACCUCGAGGAAUUGUUAGUCGUAAUUUUGGUGAGAUCGCACUUCAAAGUAUGGCUUCGUCCAUCGAUGUGGUUCAAGGACACGGGAAGUUUCGUACCACAGCCAAGAAGUUCAGAGGACAUAGCGUAUCGGGAUACGCCGUGGAUAUCAAUUUUUCUGCUGACGGAAGAGUAAUUAUGAGUGGCGAUAGUCGGGGGUUGGGAGUGUUCUGGGACUGGAACUCAGGCAAACUCAUCAAGAAAUUGAAGGUAAGUACCAAGGUGAUUAGUUGCAUAGAGCCACACCCGCAAGAGCCAUCCACGGUGGUAAUGGCUGGGCUGACGGGUGAGAUAUAUAUAUGUAAGUGA